CAGAUAGACAAAACACUCAGAGCAACAACAGGCUUGCAGUGCUGUCUGUCCAAAAUAUUCAGCUUCUGUGGACUUCAUCUGCAUGCAUAUUGUAUACAAUUAAGAGAUAAGGAGCUGACUUUGCCCUGCUUAUGUGAGCCACACGCAGACAGAUGGAACACUGAGGGUUUGAUCUGAUUCAGGUGGUUUCUGGUGUGAUAUUUUCCAGUGUUGGACUAAAGGUAAGCCUGCUCAUAAAAGGUGUAAGACACACACCCAGCAGAUGGAGUUACCACCUCGACCUACACUGUUUGACUUCCAUGGAGUCUCCAUGACCAAAUACUUCACUGACAACUGGGUUAACAUACAGAGCUUCAAAGCAAGGCCAGAUGAUAUUGUGUUGGUGAGCUAUCCAAAAGCAGGAAACACAUGGGUCUCUUACAUCCUGGACCUUUUAUACUUUAGCCAGACAUCACCUGACCGACAGAACUCAGUGCCUCUUCAUGAAAGGGUGCCGUUCCUGGAGAUCAGCAUACCCGGGUUCCCCUCUGGAGUGGAUGAGUUGUAUUCAAUAAACAACUUUCCACGCAUUAUCAAGACACACCUGCCAGUCCAGUUUCUUCCCCAAUCCUUCUGGGAGCAAAACUCAAAGAUAAUCUAUGUAGCCCGCAAUGCCAAGGACUCAGCUGUAUCAUACUUUCAUUUUGACCGCAUGAAUAAGGCCCAACCAGAGCCUGGAGAUUGGAGCAGUUACCUGCAAAGAUUCAUGGAUGGAAAAAUGGUGUUUGGUUCCUGGCACGACCACGUAGGAGGCUGGUGGGAGAAGAGAAAGACCACAUCCAACAUCUUGUAUUUGUUCUAUGAGGAUCUGAUCGAGGUGGAUACUGAACGAGAACUUAGCCGGCUCUGCUCCUUCCUGAGACUGUCUCCCUGCACGGAUCUGAAGAAAGAAGUAACAGAAAAAUCUCAGUUCAACAACAUGAAACACAAUAAGAUGGCCAACGGCUCAGCUGAUGAAGUCUUCGAUUUUCAGAUCUCCCCUUUCUUGCGCAAAGGUCAGAUGUAUUUUCCUCUUAGUCUCAAGUGGUUUCUCAAAAGUGGACUUACCCAGCUUAUGGGUAAAAUGCCAGGUUAUGAAUGCAACGCAGUAUUCUCUUUGAUAUUUUGUUCAAUUGCCUGGUAUUUGGAAUGCUUCCUAACCUUAUUGGUGUUCAUUUGGUGAUGCAGAGUGUUUUUUUCUAAUAAUUAUUUUUGUAAAUGUAGCCUAAAAGUUCCAGUUUGGAUUCAUCAGACUAUAACAUGUUCCUCCACAUGGAUUUUGGGGAUUUUAGCCAAACCCUUUUCUUAAGUCCAGCGAUUUGGAGAAUACAGGAUAUUGUUGUCAUAUCUGUGAGCUAUUGCUUUAGCCAAAGCAUGCAAAUGGGAGCAUGUCCCGCAAGGACAGCUGAACUUCUAGGUUAAUCAGACUCAUUUGAAUUGAUGUUGGGUGUAAACUGAAACAAAAACUGAAACAGAAGGUGCUACAGCAAAGUAAUAGCUUAAAGAUUUGCACACAUGUGAAAUCAGAUCGUUGCAACUUGUUUCUUUUUUUCCAUUUUUCCCUUAAGACUUAUUUGUUUUAAGUUAAAAUGUACAGGAUAUAUGUCACACUUAAGGUGGAAAAAGUUAUAACAUAAUUUUAAAUAUAAUUGCAUUAUAUUGGGGGUGUGAGAUCCGCUGUUUGUAGAGAGAAAAAGUAACCAAUAAAGCAGAAAAUAAUACUGUAA